GCCAAGCUGCCCAUUCCCCCACAGACAGUGGACACUGUGGGCCAAAAUCAACAAUGAAUCUCUUCUUUUGUGGUUUGCUACUAUUUCCAUUUGCAGCUGUGGUGGAAACAUCCCCAGUUAGAGCCCGGAGGGAAAAUGUGCUAAGCUUUCUGAAUGAUGCAUUUAGUGCAACAACAGAAAAGGCCAUACCAACAAAAAUCACAGCAGGCAAUAAUUCUGCAAGAGCUCCCGAGGAAGAAAAAAAAUCUGAAGAAUUUGCAGAUAUGUCAGUGGGAAAAUCUGCAGAGAAGUUCCACAACAGUCGUUCCCCAGUUUCAGUGCCAGAAGCUCCUGAGCAAACUGGAGGUGAAAGCAGAGACCUCGGCAGCCGUGAGACCCUCAGGUCUCCUUCCAGGAGGACAGGAGGAGUGAACAGUGACGACGUGCAGUCGGCGGACACCACAAGCACGCUGCAGCAGGACCUCAGGAGCUCGGACCACAGCGGGCCUCAGGGGGAACAGCAGGCCAGCGGAGAGCACACUGAUCUGAACAGUGAGGAAGAAGCAAUGAUGCGGCCUCAGGACACUGGGAGCCUGUCAGGAACUCACUGCAGAGACACCGGCGGGGUGAAGCGUAGGUUGGCUCCAAGCCAGAGUGGAGAAAGGCCAGAUGAAGAGAGUUUGGAGGAAAGACUGGCUGCAGUGGGUAAAGCUCGAGAUGCAGACGAUGACGAAACCCGGGAGUACAUGAGUUCUGAAAUACAUCCGUAUGCACGUCCAGGACCCGGUCCCAUCCAGCCAUCUUUUCCUGCAUGGAGUCGUACCUCCUGAUGCUCAUAGCGGAGAUUGGACUUCUUCCUCCUCGUGAUUCAGGGACCUGUGUCUGUUGACUCACCAGUAGCAGACACUCUUCUUCCACAAGUUUUGGAACUUUUUCCAUCCUAUAUUUAGAUUUUUACAUGUAUCUUUUUUCCCCUGGCA